AUGGGCGGCCCGUCGACUCUUCCCGAGGUUGGCGACUUCUUGUCACGUCUGUUUCACGACAACGACUUGAUUCAGCUGCCCAUGCAGCCGAUUCUCGCACCCAUCAUUGCCAAGCGCCGUACACCAAAGAUUGAAGAGCAGUACAAGGAGAUUGGUGGAGGUUCGCCCAUUCUCCGCUGGACAAAACAGCAGGGCGAGGAGAUGUGUGCACUGCUCGACGAGCUCAACCCCGAGAGCGCGCCGCACAAGCCAUACGUCGCGUUCCGUUACGCCCAGCCGCUCACCGAGACGGCCCUUGAGGAGAUGCGUGCCGACGGUGUUACCCGCGCGGUGGCGUUUACACAGUACCCCCAGUACUCUUGCAGCACGACUGGCUCGUCAUUGAACGAGCUGCUCAAGGUCGGCAAGAAGACUGGCUGGGGUGUCAACGGCGAGGUCGAGUGGUCGUUCAUUGACCGUUGGGCUGGCAACGUCGGUCUUGCGACGGCCUUUGCCGAGAACAUUCGCAAGGCUCUCGAGCAGUACCCUCCCGAGCGCCGCGACGACGUCGUCCUCAUGUUCUCGGCCCACUCGCUGCCCAUUGAAAUCGUCAACCGCGGUGACACGUACACCACCGAGGUUGCGGCCACUGUGCAGAAGGUGAUGGAGGAGCUCAACUUCUCCAACCCGUACCGCCUCACGUGGCAGUCCAAGGUCGGCCCCAAGACCUGGCAGGGCCCUCAGACCGCCCGGUCCAUCGAGGGCCUGGCCAAGCUUGGCAAGAAGGAUAUCUGCCUCGUCCCCAUCGCAUUCACCAGCGACCACAUUGAGACCCUCUUCGAGCUUGACAUUGAGGUCAAGGAGGACGCCGACAAGCUCGGCGUCACGCUCACCCGUGCCGAGUCGCUCAACGCCUCGCCCAUCUUCAUCCGUGCCCUGGCCGACAUUGCCAGCAAGCACCUGUCCGACUACAGCGCUGGCAAGAUCGGCCCUGCCAGCAAGCAGGUCGCCCUCCGUUGCCAGCAGUGCACCAACCCAAAAUGCGAGCGCACCAAGAACUGGAUCGCCAACGGUGGCAAGCUGGAAUAG